AUGGCAUCUACUUCAACUUCAUCAAUUGAAAAGAAAAGUUUUAAGUACGAUGUGUUUAUAAGCUUUAGAGGCGAAGAUACUCGUAAGAACUUCGUUGAUCAUCUUUACUAUGCUCUUGUCCACAAAAGCAUUCAUACUAAUUAUAUAGAUGACGAGAGAAUCACUAGAGGGAAAAGGAUCAGUGAUGACCUCAUCACAGCCAUCCAAGACUCGAGGCUGUACAUCAUUGUCUUCUCCAAGAACUAUGCGUCGUCGUCUUGGUGUCUGGAUGAGCUUGUGCAGAUCAUGGAGGAGUGCCACAAGUCAACCCUCCAUACCGCUUACCCUAUCUUCUACGAUGUCGAACCAACCGAGAUCCGGAAACAAAGUGGGCCAGUCGGAGAAGCAUUUUCCAAACAUGAAAACCAAGAUCCCUCUGCUGCCAAAUGGAGGGUGGCAUUGAAAGAAGUAGCUGAUCUGGCUGGCUUUGAGUUGAAGAACACGCUUGAUGGGCACGAAGCUAAAUUUAUUGAAAAAAUUGUGGAGGAGAUUUCACUAGAGUUACGUUUCAUUGAUUCGAGUGUUGAUGGAAAGUUAAUAGGCAUUGAGUCCCGGGUAAAGGGUGUUGUAUCAGCUUUGGAAACUGGCACGGAUGAUGUUCGCAUGAUAGGGAUCAAAGGGAUGGGAGGGUCCGGGAAGACUACUUUGGCCAGAGCUGAAUUUGAUCAUACAUCGGGUUGGUUCGAAGGUAACAGCUUUAAGUACGACGUGUUUAUAAGUUUUAGAGGUGAAGAUACUCGUAAGAACUUUGUUGAUCAUCUUUAUCACGCCCUUCGUCACAAAAGCAUCCGUACUUAUAAGGAUGAUGAGAGAAUCACUAAAGGGAAAACAAUCAGUGAUGAGCUCAUCAUGGCUAUCAAAGACUCAAGGUUCUAUAUCGUGGUAUUCUCCAAGAACUAUGCAUCUUCAUCAUGGUGUUUGGAUGAGCUUGUACAGAUCAUGGAGGAGUGCCAGAAGACAACCAUCCAUACUGCUUAUCCUGUCUUCUAUGAUGUGGAACCCACCGAGAUCCAGAAUCACAGUGGGUCUGUUGCGGAAGCAUUCUCCAAACACGAAACACAAGAUGCCGCUGCUGCCAAACGGAGACAGGCAUUGAAUGAAGCAGCUGAUCUGGCUGGCUUUGAGUUGAAGAACACGCUUGAUGGGUAA